AAUAUUAUCCAGUUUCCAUAGAGAUGACCCUGUAAAGGUCAUUGACCCGGAAGUAGACAGGUGCUUGUUGCAACUUGCAGAGUUCAAAAUCUCAUCUUUAUAAUAUUUUAGCAUUUGACAUCGUGUUACCGCACUCUCUCUACUCAGCGUAAGUGUACAAGGAUAAGAAGUUUGCUGUUACAAUCGCACUUGCAUACAAGAAUGAACUAUUAGUUGAGGAUAGAGAUGGCGCCAAUCUCCUGGUAUGAAUUCUUGAGUCCACUUCGUUCUCGCUCAAGUUAUUCUGAACAACCAAAGAACAUUAUCACAAUCAACAACACUAAAUGUCUGUCAUCCUUCUUUGGUAAAAAGAUAGCAGCUACUCGGGAAGACAACUUCACUGUUACACCAUCUGCUGCUUCAAAAAAAGAGAACAGACAACCACAAAAUGAGUCAAAUAAACCUGUGCUCAAAUCAGACAACUAUGCGCAAUGCAUUGCUACAGUGCAUAAGGAUGAAGGGAAUGGUUCAGCAGUAGAUUCAUUUCUUGAUAUAAAAGAAGAAACAGUUCGACAAGAUGAUUCCAUUUUUAUUGCAACUCCUAAGAAGCCUGAAAACAGAGAACCUUUAAAUGAAUCAAUCAAAACUACAUCCACACUGGAUAGCCCCUCUCACUCAACACAAAGUAAACCUCCAACACAAAGUAAGCCAAAUGCCAUACCCAAUUGGAGAGAUGAUUUUGACUUCAGUAGUAUUUUGGAAAAGAAACAUUCUUUGCUAGGUUUGAAACGAAAAACUGAAAUUUCACUUGAUGAACCACCUGCUAUAAUUAUUAAGAAAGACGUGGAUGAUGAUGUUAUUGUCAUUAGUGACAGUGAUGAAGAAAUUGCUUCAGAUGCAGAUACUGCUUCCAAGAUAAAAGCUCAAGCUACAAUCUCUGAUUCCACUUCCCAUCAUAAUAUUAAUAAGCCUGAUGAUCCGAGAAUAAGAAUGAAAGAAAAUGUGGACAAUACUACAGGUGCCAUUUUAAAACUGAUAACAACUGAAAGUGAACUCUUCACUAGAACAAAAUCUCACAUUCAGGAAUUGAAAUCAGAAAACUUUAAGCCAAAGGAAGAAAAUGUGAAAAAUGAACUGGUAAAUAGGGAAGAAAAGCUUGAGCUUCUUAAUGAACCUUGUACUAUUUAUCCAGAUCGAUUCAAGCCUCAACGGAAGCCCAAGGACUGGAAAAGUGACUUUUUAAAAACUGGGAGUGAAUGGACGAUUCCAAUGUUAAGCAAAUACCUUAAUUUUAAGGACACUGUUAAGCCUUUAGUUUUCAACACAGAUGAUUCACCUGCUCCUGUAUCAAAGAAGAUCAGACGUGAUAUAGAACGGAGAAAGUCUGUUUUACAAUUGAAAGGCAACAACCGGUCAUUUCCCUCUGAGACUGCUUUAGAAUGCCUCGGAACAUGUGAGACUGAUGCAAGGAUUAUUCUGGAUGUAAUAUUUCUACCAAUUUGUGAAUAUUUGGCUGUGUCUGUUAGAACAGAAGAAAUAGUUCGUAGCUCAUACCUUCCAAACAACCAGUAUGACUAUAGAUUUUACAUCAACAAUCAAUGUGUUGGUUGUUUAGAGGCCAAAGGGUCUUCAAUGAGUCGCGAAAAUGUCCCACAAUGCAUCCUUCAACUUCUGCUCCUACAGGCAGAAUGGCAAUCGAAUGUGAACUUGAAAGUUGAUGUCAUGGAUGUCCCUUUUUUCAAUGUUCUGUCAGAUGGCUUUAGAUUUGUGUUCAUUAUUCUAAAAGGGAAUUCCGUAUAUUUUGAACACCAGGACAUUGAAUACAAAACACUGCUCAAGGUGAAUGAAGCUAGAAGUUGGGAGAAUUUGAAUAGCAUUACACAGAUGAUUAUAGAAUGCAUGGAGAAUGUCAAUCAAAUUCUCCCAAAUGAGUCCUCUGAGGACAGUCCAUUCUUUUGAAAUUUCACCAGUAUUUUAGUUCACACUUGUGAGAUUUCAUACUGGUGAAAGAUCACUACCGUCAGAGUUCAUACUCAUUCAAAAUCUUGAAUUCGAAAUUUACCCUUGUAUUAAAUGUUCAAACUAAUUAUGUAAAGUUAAAGUCAUCCUAGUUAAUGUUUCAAACUAUGAAAUCACACUGGGUAAAGCUUGGCAAGAGAUUCAAUGCUAGCCUAAUGCAAAUAAUUUAUUAUUUUGGUUAUGUGGUAUGGUACUUAUUAAAUACUGUUGAACGAUUCAAAUGUGUAAAAGUAAUAUGAUUUCAUCUGCACUGUCAACCCUGAUGCAUUAGGCGUGGUGGUUACGCAUUUGCUGGAAAAAGACGUCCUUGGUUUAUUGUAGUUAUAAAUUGAAACGAAAUCUACUAAAUUUUAUUUUUCAUUUUUAUAAUGUGACAAGUUGUAUGUAAAUUUUACAAUAUUCAAUGUAAGAUUUUAAUCAUUGUUAAUAAGAAAAAAUAUGAAUUAAUGAAUAGUCUCAGUGCAAUGUUAUCUAUUUAUUAUGUUCUAACUUGAAUGCAAUUGAGUGGACUCUGGUGAUUGCUACUGUAUGGUGUAAUAUGAUGCAACUGCAUGUUGACAUUUUAAGAGUACAAGUUUAGAAAGCUCACAUAUGUGAGAAUCCUAAGACUUUCACACUGGUGAUAUUGCAAAGGAGUAUUCAUACUGGUGAAACUCCACACAGGUGAAAGGUCAUAGUGCUCACUGGUGGAAUUUCUAUGUGGUGAAAACUCACAAAACAGAGUUAAUAUGUUGAAAGUAUUUUAGUAUUUUUUGAAAUGUCAAAAUUCUUAUAUUAUUUUUACAAAAUAUUUUUAUUAUUAAUUGCAAUUAUUAACUCAUGAGUCUGUAAAAUAAUGAAAUACAUGCAUUGUACCCACACUCAUAAGACAUUUUGAUUGGAGUUACUUUUAAUCGUGUUAAAUAAAUAAAUUUUGAUAUGUUAAUGCUUAUAUUAUUUGCCAUUAUUUUAUUAUCCAAUCGACUAAGAUCAGGGGAAUAUAGAGAAUGUGUGUUUCCUUCCUUCCAUCCGUAUGAACUAUUCAUCCAUCAAAGGCAAAAACUGAUUUUUGAUAAAGUUGUGUUCGCAACUUGAUCAUAAAAGCCGAACCAGAACUCUGUUUCCGUCUUGUUUUUGGCACUCACUUCUCAGUUGAUAAACAAUUUAAUUAUGAUUAAGGUAAAGACUUAUAAUUGAUUAUUGUCAUCGGAAUCGUCAGGUUUUAUCUUAUAUAUCU